AUGUCUAUAAACAUUGAUAUUCGCGAUUGUUCGGGACCCUUAAGUGCACUUACUGAGCUGAACACAAAAGUCAAAGAGAAGUUCCAGCAGUUACGGCACAGAAUACAGGAGCUGGAGCAGUCUGCUAAGGAGCAGGACAAGGAAUCAGAGAAGCAGAUUCUGUUGCAGGAAGUGGAGAACCACAAAAAGCAGAUGCUCAGCAACCAGACCUCAUGGAGGAAAGCCAAUCUCACCUGCAAAAUGGCGAUCGACAACCUAGAGAAAGCGGAGCUUCUGCAAGGAGGAGGCCCCCUGAGGCAAAGGAAAACCACCAAAGAGAGCCUGGCCCAGACCUCCAGCGCCAUCACCGAGAGCCUCAUGGGGAUCAGCAGGAUGAUGUCCCAGCAGGUCCAGCAGAGCGAGGAGGCCGUGCACACGCUAGCCAACUCUUCCCGAACCAUCCUGGACGCCAAUGAAGAGUUCAAGUCCAUGUCGGGGACCAUCCAGCUGGGCCGCAAGCUCAUCACCAAGUACAACCGCCGCGAGCUGACCGACAAGCUCCUCAUCUUCCUGGCGCUGGCCCUCUUCCUCGCCACCGUGCUCUACAUCGUCAAGAAGCGCCUCUUCCCCUUCCUGUGAGCGCCCGCACCUGGGCCCCGCCUGG